AUGACACAAUAUAAUUUCAUUAUAGAUGCUUCAGCUUUUGAAAAGGGUCUAGGCAACAUCAAGAGGUGGUGCUCGGACUGUACAGAAGCUGUGACUUUGAACUUUUAUAUUCCAACAUUCACAUUAAAUGAAUUGGAUUUCCUUCAACAAAGGCGUAAAAGUUUUGCAGCUCGAGAAUCCUUGAAGUUUAUCGAUAGAUUAGAUGAUUCUAAAUUUGCUAAUUUGAAAGUUUUUAUCGAAUUUCCCGAAGUUUUAGACAUUAUUUUAUGGUCAGAUGUAAUGGAACAUAAUGAUAGUUCUGGAAAGAUUAAUAUUGCAAAAUUGCCUAAGAGAUUAAAGAAUUUGUUGAAAAGUUGUAUUUACAAAUGCUACCUAGAAGGAAAUGAGGGGCUACAUUGGUUUUUAAUUAGUGAAGAUCCUCAAAUCCGGGAAAUGGCCAUGCAAUGCAAUAUUCCUUCCUGUUCAAUUGUUGAUGUAGAUUCAAUCUUGUCCAAGGACAUGAAUGAUAAAUCAUUUAGAGAAAGUGAAAAAUUCAAUAAUAUGAUGCUAAAAAAUGGCACUAAGGAAGAAAGCGAAAACGGUAGAGAAAUUAUCAGGACUAACUUCAAUAAAACAGUUUACGCUUCUAGAGGUACAGGCGAAUUGUGGUCCCCAUAA